AUGUGGGGUGCCCAGGCCGACCCUCCUACUCUGGGCCCAGCACAAGAUCUGGAUGGCAUGGCUUCACUGCCCAAGUUGAGCAGGCGACAAAGGCCUGCCCAUGUGCACUGGGACCUCAGGCCUCUGAUAGGGCACUUCAUGACCCAGUACCCCAGCCUCACUGCCCUCCAGGACGGCUGGCCUCUGUGCGACCAAGGGAAGGUGGUGGUGCAGCUGGCCACCCUCCUCAGAGUCCGGCUUAGGCCCGGCAACUUCUACCUGCAUGUGGUGGCCAGGGGUCAGCACACCGCCAGGCUGGUCCUGACAUGCCUCUCCCGGUGAGGGCGGGAAACGGGGCACAUCGCUGUCCCCGAGGCCAUGUAUGGCCAGGUCUUCACGGGAGAGUUCCUGGAGCAGGUGAGUGCUGAUCGGGGCAGCUUUCCGCUGCACAGCUGCCUGCUGACCACCGGCACUGCCAUCCACCACGCCCCAUGGGGCAGCAUCACAGACCCUACCUCUGUCCUGCAGGGCCGCCCCCAGCCUGAGCAUCCACUGCUCGACAGCAUCUGGGAGGCCCCAGCCCCGGCCAUGGCAGGCCCACUCUCCCAGCAGGGAGCCCCAACUCUGUACCCUGGGUGUCCGGACGGAGGCCCCACAAUGCCCCCUGAGAGCUCGGAUGGAGACUUGGAAGGGCCAAGAGUGGGGCCAGGGCCCAUGGACAGGAGGGGCAGCACCGAGGCCUCCUACACAGGUGGGCCCAGCCCGGAACCCAGGGGGCGCUGGUUCCGGAAGUCGUAUGUGGAGGCCCUUCGAAACCCUGUGCCCCUGGGCUCCAGCUCCGAAGAGUCCCUCCUGGAAGAGGCCGCGGAUGCAGCUCCCAGAUGCUUGACCCAGGGCAGCAGGCCCAGGGCAGCUGCCAGCCCAGUGCAGAGGGGCCCUGCACCCCCCCAGAGGCCCCUGGAGAGCCAACCGCCAACAGAUAGGGCAAGGAUGGCACCCAGGAGGUCACGGUCAUGGGACAAGCCACUCAGGAGCCCCCUUGGCAACGGACCCGAGGCCCAGCAAGAGUCUUGUGACUCGGCAGGCAUCCAGGCUGCAGGAACAGGAGCCACGGGUCUCAGUGCUGCAGUGGGGAGCCCCGAGAGACCCCGGGAAGAUGAAGGUGUUCCUCUAGCCUCAGCUGACAUAGGCGCGGACAGCAGCAGCUCCCAGGGACCAAAGCCUGGCACCUUCUCUAACCAGCCACCCAAGCGGCUGUGCCCCAAGGACCCCAGAGACUCUGAGCUCAGGGCGCCCAGCCAGGUGCUAGGUGUUAGCCCGGCACUGCUGCAGUUGGGGACAGUGACCCUCCCAGGGACCCGGGACCGCAGCGGCCGGGCGGUGGUGCAGGUGUGCACAGGAGGCCCACUCUGGGCCAGGGAGCACGCCUCAAGCACUGAACUGACCUGCCUCCUGAUGUACCUGCACAGCAUCCCCAGGAAGGAGGUGCAGGACCUGGGGCUGGUCAUCCUGGUAGAUGCGCGGAAGGGUCCAAUCGCCCCUGCUCUCUCCCAGGCUCUCGAAGCCCUGCAGAACACAGUUCCUCCCAUAAUUCAUAGCAUUUUGCUGUUGGUGGAUAAAGAAUCAGCAUUUAGGCCUGACAAGGAUACAGCAAUUCAGUGUGAAGUGGUGAGCUCCCUGAAGGCCCUGCACAAGCUCAUUGACAGCUCCCAACUGACUGCAGAGCUCGAUGGCUCCUUUCCCUACAGCCACAGCGACUGGGUCUGCUUCCAAAGGAAACUGGAAUCCUUCACAGCAAACUGCAAACAAGCCAUUUCUUUCUUACAAAAUUCAGUCUGCUCCCUGAACACCCACAGAGCCCUAGGUACAGCACAGGAAGUCGCGGAGCUCAUCAGCAUGCACAGGGCCAUGAUGAAGUGUGUCCUGGAAGACACGCUGCUGGUCACCCUCAGGCUGGAAGGUGGUGCUGUCCUGGCGAGGCUGAGGAGAGACGAGUUUGUCGCUGGUGAGGACAGCCGGGACGCCAUCGAGGCCGCCACCAGGCUGUACGACUGGGUGGACGAAGAGGUGCACAGGCUGGUCCUUUCCUCCAAUCGGUGUCUGCAGCAGCUGGAGAGCCUGCAGGAGCUGAGGCAGCACCAGGAGGGGCAGGCCCAGGUCAAACAGUGGUUUGAAAGGGAACAAGAGCCAUCCCCCGGCCCUGUGGAGCCGGCCUCCCCAGAGAACGAGAAGGAAAAGCAGGAGGCGUAUCAAGGCUUCCAUGAGGCAGCAGCAAUGCACCCCUGCCCCUCUGGUGCUCACAGGAUCUUCCCUGUGAGUCCCAGAGAAGCGGCUCCAGGCAGAGUGUCGGUGUGGGGAGGACUGGAGGAGCAGGCAACCAGAUGGAGGCCACCCUUCAGGAAGCACCCCAAGACUCCCUCGUCCUCGCCAGAUGCUGAGCACCUGGGGAGCUGCUGCCGAGUGGCCGCCACAGCGGAGCCAGGGCCUGACGGCAGGCGGGAGCUGUGGCGGUGCCAGGCCCUGUGGUCACAGGGCCCGAAGACCGGCCACUGCCUAGAGGAUGCCCUUCCUGAAGCUGCCCCUGGCUGCAGCUCCCCGCCCUUCCCCCAGGAGGCCAGCCUCUCUGGGCAGGACACUCUGAGUGCACAGGAGGCUAUGCACCUGGGCCCAGGUGUGCCUGUUCCAUGGGACACACCGCCCUCCAGGGAGGGUUCCCCGGACAGCGGCUCCCCCUGCUACCUUGAGCCUGCCUGGGCCCCGGGUCCCCACCUCAGGAAGCACCCCCUGAAGAAGAUAAUGAAGAAAACACAGAGCUUCGAGUCCCCCAUCACUGACGGUGGUCCCAGGGAGCCCCGCCAGCUGGGACACAUCGGGGUACACAUCAAGGGCCUGGAAGUGACAAGUAAUGUGGCCUCCAAGACCCCUCCGCUUCCCCGGAACCGCAGCCUGUCCUCUCCAUCCAGGGUCCACCACCCUGAGGGGGACGGGAGGCCGCGUUCGGGAAGCCGCCUGCACCACAUAAUGGCCGAGAUGGUUUCCACGGAGAGGGAGUAUGUCAGGUCCUUAGGAUAUGUCAUCGACAACUAUUUUCCAGAAAUGGAAAGGAUGGACCUGCCCCAGGACCUGCGAGGGAAGCGCGGCACCAUCUUUGGGAACCUGGAGAAGCUCCAUGACUUUCACUGCCGGCACUUCCUCAGGGAGCUGGAGCGUUGCCGGCACUGCCCGCUGGCCGUGGGCUGCAGCUUCCUGAAACACGAGGAGCAGUUCAGCAUGUACGCACUCUACAGCAAGAACAAGCCGCGCUCGGAUGCUCUGCUCAGCAGCCAUGGCAAUGCCUUCUUUAAGGCCAAGCAGCAAGCACUGGGGGACAAGAUGGACCUGGCCUCCUACCUGCUGAAGCCAGUGCAGCGCAUGAGCAAGUACGCGCUGCUGCUCAAGGACCUGGUCAAGGAGGCCGGCCACAGCCCCACCCAGGAGCAGGAGCUCGGCCAGCUGCGGGCCGCCGAGGACAUGGUCCGCUUCCAGCUGCGCCACGGCAAUGACCUGCUGGCCAUGGACGCUGUGCGCGGCUGUGAUGUGAACUUGAAGGAACAGGGGCCCCUCAGGUGCCAGGAUGAGUUUGUCGUCUGCUGUGGGAGGAGAAAGUACCUGCGGCAGGUGUUCCUCUUUGAGGACCUCAUCUUGUUCAGCAAGACCAAGAAGAUGGACGGCGGCUAUGACAUCUAUGUAUACAAGCAGUCCUUCAAGACGGCUGAGAUCGGGAUGACAGAGAACGUGGGCGACAGCGGCUUGAGGUUUGAGAUCUGGUUCCGACGGCGGCGGAGGUCUCAGGACACCUACAUCCUGCAGGCGAGCUCAGUGGAGGUGAAGAGCGCAUGGACCAGCAUCAUAGGGAGGAUCCUGUGGCGGCAGGCCCUGCGAAACCGAGAACUCAGAAUGCAAGAAAUGGUGUCUAUGGGGAUAGGCAAUAAGCCAUUUAUGGACAUCAAGCCCAGUGAUGCUGCCAUAAGUGAUCGGGCCAUCGAUUACAUCAUGAAGGGUACAGAGUCGCGGUCGCGCGCGUCCGUCGCGGUGUCCUCGUUUGACCACGCCACCCCCUUCAAGAGGCCCCACUCCACCAUCUCGGACAGCAGCACCUCCUCCUCCAGCAGCCAGUCCUCCUCCGUCCUGGGCUCACUGAACCUGCAUGUGUACCCCAGCCCCCCGGGCCUGCUGAGCACCAGCCUCUGCCCGUGGCCCUACGACGUGAGAGCCUGCAUCGAGGAAGACGAGCUGGAGCAGGAGACGGGCAGCCAGCCCUCAAUGACCACCGAGAGCUCCGGCUCCUCGCAGGGCACCUCGGGGGACAGUGCAAGCAGCCUGCGUAGUCCCCCUCACCCAGGGCUGUCGCGGCUUGAGGACAACAGUGCCUCCACCCCGGGUUCCAGGUCCUCCUUGCAGGGCACCUCUCCAGCUCAUCCUGGCAGGACUUCUCAGUGGCGUCUCGGCAGCGGGCAGUUCAUAACCUCAGGAGUGGGCACAGGGGCGCGGGGCCUCAUGUGUGCGGGCCGAAACAGGGAGCGGGCACAGGGGCCCAUUGGCCGUGGCGGUUUGUGCUGUUCCUGCCACCACCUGCUCACCGACGGCCACUGGCCCCCGCCACAGUUGGAAGACCCCCAGGAAGGCGUCCUGCUCUCCGCAGGUUCAUGUGUUCAUAGCUGUGAGACCACUGCCUUCGUUGAAGAGCUCGCAGUCUGA